AUGAAUUUCGGUAUGCUUUAUUUCAGUACUUUUAUUGUCCCUAAAUGAUUCAAUUUCGAAACGAUAACGAAAAUAUGAUUUUUUUUUUAGAGAACUGGUUGUCGGGAAGCGGAAAGGAGGCUCGGAGUCGCCGAAAGUCGUCGUUGUCUCAGACCCGGUCGCCGAGAAGCGUCGCAGCCGCGUCACUCGUCGCAGAUUCGCCGCGACGUCGCUUCUCCUUGGCGACAACUUCAGUCGACGUCGGAACCUCCUCGGCACCGCUUCACAGGCUUCUUUCUCUUUCGGGUUCGUUUAAAAUAUAAUUCAAGGUCGGAAAGUAGGGAAGAAAUAAAAAAUGGAGAUCGGGAAUUUAGAACCACAUUAUAUUUCAUUCACAAACUCUCAGUAUGGUACUUUGAGAGGCAAAAGUUUUGAGAUGUUCAAAAUAAAAUGGAAAAAAUGGCCAUCGGUUUGAGAAAUUUCCAGAAAUUUUUUUAAAAAUCCUCUAAAAGAUCCGCUUAGAAUUUGUUUACGGACUAGGGAGGUUUCAUAAAUUUUCUCUGAAACGUAUUUUUCUCAGUUUUGUUUCCUUAGCCAAGAACCACUGGAAAUUUCUAAAUUCAGAACAUUUAAAAUUGUUUCUUCCUUUGUCCCUCUGUUUCCGCUUUGAGUCGUUUUCACAUAUUCUUUUAUUGAAACGUUCAGAUUUGAAAAGAACUCAGAAACCAGGAAAAUUUUUCAUAACGUUGAAAUUGUCAUUCUCACGAGAAAUGUUGGGAACUGGCGCUCGAAAAAAGGAAAACUCGGAUUUUUUUUUUGAGCUAAUUUAGCUUCAAAAUUCGUGAAAUCAUCCUAAAGCCAUUUUGAAAUCUCGGAAACCUCAUAAAAAUUUAAAAAAAGUUUUGAAAGAAGUAAAAAGGGAAUGAAAUAACGAUGUGAGAUUUUUUUUUAAAUUAGGCCUCGGGAGAAGGGGCUAUUUUGACUCAACUUUUGAUGGCUUGGAAAACAGAACGGAAAAAGAUUCGUUAAUGGUUCACAAAGUCGGAAAAAAAUAUAAAAAAACAAGCAUUUUUGAUUUGAAAAAAAUUAUAAUAUGAAAAAGUGGCGUUUUUUCAAACUGAAAGUCAGAAGUCAACCAAAAGGCUUUUUCAAUUAUCGAAUCAAUUGGGGUAUGGAAAAGAAAAAGAAAAAUUUUGGAAGCGUUUUGAAACUUAAACCUCAAAAAAGAGAAACAUUGUUCCAACAUUUAGUGAAAAAAAUGAAUAAAAUACAAAAUCACAUUUUUAGAACACUUCCUAUUUGGAAAAGCAGAGAAAAUGGUACGAUAGAGCUUUUUUGAUCUAUUUUAAGACGCCAAAAAGUCGAAUUAGUCCUAAAUACGACGAUAAGAUCUCUUCGUCGCACUUUGAACCUUUGAAAGUUAGCCUUUUCUGAAAGGGUGGGGCGAACUGGUUAAGAAGUCGUUAGCAAAAAGUAACGGAAUUUGUCGGCGAGGAAAAGAAGAAUUUUUAAAACCAACUAAAAAUGUUUUUUUUACUUCCAAAAUGCCUUUCUGAGGCGUUUGAAGGCACGGAAGUCUUGCAUGACUCAAAAAAUGGAUGAAAACGGCUCGAAGUCUUUUUUAAGCCCGUCUUUGCUCUUUUGAACGUCUAAGUAGGGAUUUUUCGAACAGACUGAAACAACUGUCAUUUUUUUCUUUCAUAUCUUUGCCUCUUUCUCAAAACUCUCCCUCAUGAGUCAUAUCACAAAACGACGCGAAGGCCUCUUGAUAACAUCAUUUUCCAAUUCCCAGGAUCAUUUACGUGCUUCAUCGUCCAUCUGCCCUUUCAUAUACAAUCGGAUAAUUAGUUUGAAGCUUUUCUUCUUCAUGGAACUGGGAGAUCAUUCAGUUGCCCUUCCCGUGUUGCUUUUUAUUGAUUUCUUCCUUUUUAUAGCAAAUGAAAUGUUUCCUUUUUUCAUGUAAAAAAAAAUCCAGGAAAUAGCUGCUUUUUAUUUCAUUGUUUAUAACUGCAUUUUUUUACUUUCUUUAUUCAUCAUUUCUCAGAUUAAAAGCUACAAAGAAAUCAAAAUUGUUUCACGAAAGGUUUUUAAUCUUGAAAAAGGAAGUUUUGAUAACUAAUCAAGACUUUUCAUAUGGAUCAUUUUUUUAAAAAGUUUCUUUCAAAAAAAUCUUUCGAUUAUUGAAAAAUAGUUUUUUUAAUUGGAGUUAUUCAUCUCGUAAUUUUUUUAAAAACCCCUUUGAUUCGGUACAUUGAAAAUUUGAUGCUAUCUACUAGCAACUCUAUAGAAUUGUCCUUUAAAUCCUCCUCUCGAAAUGUUACUUUUUGCUGUGAAUAUUCUUGUCAUGCUAAGCCAAAUGUCUAGUUUUUAAGUGAAGUUCAGUUUCUAUAAUUAAAAUUAUGACUUUCUGCGGGAACUUUUCGUUCAAUAAUCAACCUCUGCUUUUUCAUCGCCGUUUCGACGUUAUUUUCAACCUUUAACUGAAAUGUUUUCUUGGCUGUUUCCUAUGUCAUUUUUUUAUUCUCUCAAUCGAAAACGGAAACCAGAAGCUGAUGGGAAGUCGUCUGCGAUACUCGGUUUCGGUGAAAUCCUCGCCGCGACCGUUGCCCCGCAAUUCUCCCGCGAUUUCUGCGUUGGCGCUCGAGUCUCGCGUUUCCGCCGAAGACAAUCGAAAUGGCAAAUUCCUUAUCUCUGUAUAUAUAUGUACAUUGUUUGCCUUCUGAUUAGCCCCGAUCGAUGGUCAUUUAGUGACGGUGACUCAAAAUUAGGAAAAGUCCAUUGAACUGGAUGAUUCCUUGGAAUCAUAUCACUAAAACCAAAUAUUUUAAUAACCCGAGCAGCGUUAUUUUUAGAAGUCUUCAACAGGGUCUUUCGGCCAAGAUCUAAGUGCAAAGAGCCGUCUUAAAAGUUCGAAAAAAAAAGUCCUACUAGAAUAUGAAAUUCCAAAAUUUCUUGAAAUCGUAGAAGUUUCCAAAGUUCACAAUGAAACUACUUUCCUUUUUUUAGGAAUAUAUGGGAGGUAAUUUUUUGAAUAGAGUAUUAUCCGAAAAAAAAAGUCAAAUAGUUUUGGUCAGCUAUCAAACAAAUUAUAUUUUUUCAACAAAACCCUGAAGAAUCAUUUUCAGAGCACGACUACUUGUUCGAGAAGAAAACAAACGAAAGCAACCCGAUCCGCCGAGCUGACUCUACUAAGAAUCGUAGAGGUUUGUUUCGAAAUCAACAAAAUUUUGAACAAUAAUAAAUCCUCAAAAUUUUAGAAAAUCAUCAAAAUCCCUUUCAAUGGGUCUUUGUUUUUCGAAAAAUGAAAAAUCCAUGUUGAUAAAAAAGCGCGCAACAACAAGGAGCUCUUCAAAUCUACCAUGAUUCAGCAGAGCCUUUUUGAUUUCUCUGAUGUCUGAAUAAAUUGAAUUGAAUUGAAUUGAAUGUUGAUAAAGAUUUUUUUAGGAUCUUUGAAUAAUACGUUUUUUUCGAAAAAAAGUCUCAGUUUAUUUUUUUGGAAAAAGUUUAUAAGUUACAGUAGAUAUACACCUUUAUUAUAGUUGAACUAAAAAAAGCUUCAAAGCCUAGAAAAAUCACUGAAAGUCAUUUCAGGAAGCUUUUUCUUUCUUAAAAAAACCGGGGUUUUGAUAAAGAUUCGGAGAACUAGAUGCGUAUUUUUUAAAGAAAGAUUCAGUCAAUUUUUGGAGAGUUCCAAAGAUCAAGGUAAAUACAUCUUCCUUUUAUUUGAAUCCAAAGUCUUUUGAAAUUUGUGAAUUUUAUGAUAAAGAAGGACCUACCACGACUCAGAAGAGCUUUUUUCAUUUAUCUGAUGUUUGAAUAAAUCAAAUGAAAGAAGAAAAAGAAAGACUGAUUUGAGGUCGACGCAUGGGUCGUGCUAUGCGCGUCGUUGUGGUCGGGUGCAAACGCGUCGGCAAAACAGCCAUUCUCCGGCAGGUCGCCUGCGUCGAAGACAUCACCAAUCGGGUUUCCCUUUUUUCCUCGUUUUGAUACGUGGGCAACUAAAGAACUCAGUUAGAGCUGUAGGAAAAGCCUCACAGAAAUUUGCAAAAAAAAGGCGAAAAUGAAAGUAACUAAUCUGAGCUUCGGAAGGUUUUAUUGACUUUCAUUUAGGAGCACUCGGGAUUUUCAUCUGUGUUCAAAAUAGUUACGGCGACUUCGAAAUUGAUGCGUUGUUGGUUCAAAAAUAUUUUGCGAAAUAGGCGAAAUUGGAGUUUCUGAUACGCCUUUUUUUAAAACUCAUAUACAAUAUUAAAAUAAACUUUCCGAAUGUUUCUCCAAUAAAAAAAAAUGUUCAGCCCUACGAUCCGACGAUCGAAGACACCUAUCAGGUGCUGUUGGAGGAGGCGGAUAAACAGCGGGAGAUCCUGAUUCUGCACGACACGGCCGGCAUUCCUCACUACGGAAAUGCCGAGCUCAAAAAAGCGUAUGUCCAGGUGCGAAUGUUCGAUUGAAAUGUUUGAAAAUGUGGCUUGCUGCAAUUUUCGGAAAAAAUUAAAGAAGAUGAUUUUUUAAAUUUUUUAAAUUUUCGAUUUUUCCCAAAUAUUUCUAUCACGAUUUCCAGGCCGCCGACGCGUUCGUGUUAGUAUAUUCCGUGGCCGACUACGAAUCCUUCAAUCGUGUCGAUCUUUUGAAGAAAUGGAUCGAUAAGCAGUUUGGCAAAGAGAAGAAAGAGGUUUAUCUAAUGAUUCUAUUAUAAAGGAAACUUCAAUAAAUAUGCCUUAGGUUCCGAUAGUUGUGCUGGCCAACAUGAAAGACGUCCCAGCAACAGUUGAAUCGGGCUUUGCUCAGAACUGGGCGACAAGAGAAAAAGGUCCCCGAAACGUAACUAGAAAAAUUUAUAUGCUUUUCCCUAUUUUCAGUGAAAUUAUUCGAAGUGAGCGCCAAGGAUCGCAACUCAUUAGUUGACUUCAUCCACUACCUUGGCCACCGACAUUUCCAUCCCAUCAGUAAGUAUAUUAUGGACUUUUCAAGGGGACUCUAGAGGGGCGCUAAUACCCUUGAUUGAUCACUAAACGACUAAAAACUAAUUUGAAGCGGUCUUUUAUCCUAUGAAAGAAAUUAAGCGAAUAGUAUCCUUGAAACGCGUUGGUCGUGUAGGGAAAACCUCAAUUAUUUAAAAAAAAGAAUUGCUUAGUGAAGAUGUACCGUCUCUUAACUACUCACUGAACGCGUCACUGAACAGAGAAGCUUGGAAUCGUUUGAAAGUUAAAACUUAAGCCUCGAGACAUCGAGCCUUUUCAAACAGGAUUAAAAAAUUUUCAGCGGGUAAUAAUUUAAAUCUUCAACAAUUUGUUUCAGAAGAAUCGAAGUUCUCACUUUCGAAAAAGCUCAAAUCGGAAAAGUCGAAUCCAGCGAUUGUCAUGGAUUUUUUUGAUUCAUUUUUUUAUAUUCUGAGCCUUAUACAUUGA